AUGGGGGACCUCACAGAGAUUAGUUCGGAACGCAGAAAAGAAAAGUCUCGAGAUGCAGCCAGAUCUCGGCGAAGUAAAGAGUCUGAAGUGUUUUAUGAGCUUGCUCAUCAGUUGCCUCUUCCCCAUAAUGUCAGCUCGCAUCUUGACAAGGCUUCUGUCAUGAGGCUUACCAUCAGCUACUUGCGUGUGAGGAAACUUCUAGAUGCCGGUGAUUUGGAUAUUGAAGAUGAAAUGAAGGCACAGAUGAAUUGCUUUUAUUUGAAAGCCCUGGAUGGUUUUGUUAUGGUUCUCACAGAUGACGGUGACAUGAUUUACAUUUCUGAUAAUGUAAACAAGUACAUGGGAUUAACUCAGUUUGAACUAACUGGACACAGUGUGUUUGAUUUUACUCAUCCAUGUGACCACGAGGAAAUGAGAGAAAUGCUAACCCAUAGAACUGGCCCUGUGAAAAAGGGUAAAGAACAAAACACACAACGAAGCUUUUUUCUCAGGAUGAAGUGUACCUUGACUAGCCGGGGCAGAACUAUGAAUAUCAAGUCUGCGACGUGGAAGGUACUUCAUUGCACAGGCCAUAUCCAUGUAUAUGAUACGAACAGUAACCAGUCUCAGUGCGGAUAUAAGAAACCGCCCAUGACGUGCUUGGUGCUGAUAUGUGAACCCAUUCCUCACCCAUCGAAUAUUGAAAUUCCUUUAGAUAGCAAGACUUUCCUCAGUCGUCACAGCCUGGAUAUGAAAUUUUCUUAUUGUGAUGAAAGGUUGUUUACGAAAGGACAAGUUACCACAGGACAGUAUAGAAUGCUUGCCAAGCGAGGUGGCUAUGUCUGGGUGGAAACUCAAGCAACUGUCAUAUACAACACAAAGAACUCCCAACCACAGUGCGUUGUAUGUGUGAAUUAUGUUGUGAGUGGUGUUAUUCAGCACGACUUGAUUUUCUCCCUUCAACAAACAGAAUGUGUCCUCAAACCUGUUGAGUCUUCAGAUAUGAAAAUAAGUCAGCUGUUCACCAAAGUUGAAUCAGAAGAUACAAGUAGUCUAUUUGACAAGCUUAAGAAGGAACCUGAUGCUUUAACUCUGCUAGCUCCAGCUGCUGGAGACACAAUCAUAUCUUUAGAUUUUGGCAGCGAUGAUACAGAAACCGACGACCAACAACUUGAGGAAGUUCCCUUGUAUAAUGACGUAAUGCUUCCCUCAUCCAAUGAAAAGUUACAGAUUAUAAGUUUGGUAAUGUCUCCAUCACCUGCCUCGGAAACUCCAAAGCCACUUCGAAGUAGUGCUGACCCUGCACUCAAUCAAGAAGUGGCAUUAAAAUUGGAGCCAAGUUCAGAGUCCCUAGAACUCUCUUUUACCAUGCCCCAGAUCCAGGACCAGCCAGCCAGUCCUUCUGAUGGCAGCACUAGACAGAGUUCACCAGAGCCUACCAGUCCCAGUGACUAUUGCUUUGAUGUGGACAGUGAUAUGGUCAAUGAAUUCAAGUUGGAAUUGGUAGAGAAACUUUUUGCUGAAGACACAGAGGCAAAGAACCCAUUUUCCACUCAGGAUACUGAUUUAGACUUGGAGAUGUUAGCCCCCUAUAUCCCAAUGGACGAUGACUUCCAGUUACGUUCAUUUGAUCAGUUGUCACCAUUAGAAAGUUCUGCAAGCCCUCCCAGUGGGGACACAAUUACAGUAUUCCAGCAGACUCCAACGCAAGCACCUGCUGUUCCAGCCAACGUGACCACUGCCACCUCUGAUGAAUCACAUACAGUGACAAAAGAUGGUAUGGAAGACAUUAAAAUAUUGAUUGCAUCUCCAUCUCCUGCCCACGUACAUAAAGAAACUGCUAGUGCCACAGCAUCACCAUAUGGUGAAACUCAAAGUCGGACAGCCUCACCCAGCAGAACAGGAAAAGAAGUCAUUGAGCAGACAGAAAAGUCUCACCCACGAAGCCCUAACCUGUUAUCUGUCGCGUUGAGUCAAAGAACUACUGCUUUCGAAAAAGAAUUAAAUCCAAAGAUACUAGCUUUGCAGAAUGCACAGAGAAAACGAAAAAUGGAGCACGAUGGUUCGCUUUCUCAAGCAGUAGGAAUUGGGACAUCAUUACAGCAGCCUGAUGACACUAUAACGACCACAUCACUUUCUUGGAAACGUGUGAAAGGAUGCAAGUCUAGUCAACAGAAUGGAAUGGAACAAAAGACAAUUAUUUUAAUACCAUCUGAUUUAGCAUGUAGAUUGCUGGGGCAGUCACUGGAUGAGAGUGGAUUACCACAACUGACCAGUUAUGAUUGUGAAGUUAAUGCUCCUGUACAAGGCAGCAGAAACCUACUGCAGGGUGAAGAAUUACUCAGAGCUUUGGAUCAAGUUAACUGAGCUUUUGCAUAAUCUCAUUCCUUUUUUUGGACACUGGUGGCUCAUUACCUAAAGCAGUCUAUUUAUAUUUUCUAUAUCUAAUUUUAGAAGCCUGGCUACAAUACUGCACAAACUCAGUUAGUUCAAUUUGAUCCCCUUUUUACUUAAUUUACAUCAAUGCUCUUUUUUUGGUAUGUUCUUUAAUGCCAGAUCACAGACAAAACAUUUUCACAGUUCUUUGGUAUUUAAAACAUUACAUAAUAGUAAUGUCAUUUUUAAAAAGGCACCUUUUUAUUUAUUUAUUUUUGACUAGGGAGCUUGUUCCUUAUCAGAUUUUUUCCAAGGAGUUGCCAAUAUAAUUUUCUUUAAGAAGGCAAGUAACCUUUCACCAUUGUGAUAGCAGUUGAAAGAUUUUUACUCUUGUGUUUUCUUUUCACAUUUCACAUAAAUAAUGCUUUGCCAGCAGUACAUGGUAGCCUCAAUUGCACAAUAUAUUUUCUUAAAAAAUACCAGCAGUUACUCAUGCAAUAUAUUCUGCAUUUAUAAGACUAGUUUUUAAGAAGAUUUUUUUUUUCUUUUUGCCUAUGACAUUGUUAAACCUGGAACAUGUCAUUGUUGAUCAUAUAAUGAUGAUUCUUAAAUACUGUAUGGUUUAUUAUUUAAAUGGGUAAAGCCAUUUACAUGAUAAAGAAAGAUAUGCAUAUAUCUGGAAGGUAUGUGACAUUUAUUUGGAUAAAAUUCUCAAUUCAGAGAAAUGAUUUAUGUUACUAUAGUCACUUUGCCAGCUAAAAAAAGAAAACAGUACCCUAUCUGUACUUGUGGGAGUUUAUGCUAAUAUUAUGUAAUUGAUAUUAAACUUAAAUGUUCUGCCCACCCUGUUGGUAUAAAGAUAUUUUGAGCAGAUUGUAAACAAGAACAAAAAAUCAUGCAUUGUUAGCAAAAUUGCCUAGUAUAUUAAUUUGCUCAAAAAUUGAUGUUUGGUUUUAUGCACUUUGUCGCUAUUAACAUCUUUCUGUUUUCAUGUAGGUUUCAAUAAGUAAUUUUAGAAGCAUUAUUUUAGGAAUGUGUAGGUGUCGGUCAAUACCUUGUUUUCUAUGUGCAUUGUACAAGUUUUCAUUCCUUUUGUUCUUUGUGGUUGGAUCUAACACUAGCUGUAUUGUUUUGUUACAUCAAAUAAACAUCUGUGGACCAGG